CUCACCCUCCUCAUCCAGUAAGAUACUUUCUAAAAUAUCCAAACACAACCUCACCAUCAUUCACUUCACUACAAAUCCACACACACAAAUAAAAGAUAGCAAUAGCAUUCAACAACAAAACAUGACCAUCACUAACUACACUCCUCUGUUAUUCUUCUGCUUCAUAAUCUCCCAUGUACUUAGCAAUGUGGAAUUACAUCAAGACCCUUCAACUCAUACUCUACAACCAUUCCAUGAAGACAUAAAUUCAAAUGGCUCAUUGACACUUUUAGUGAAAGCAGAACAUGGACACUCUACACCUGCUAAAUUUUUAUGGCAUGGUUCUUGCACAAACAAAGACAUAAGCAUUUCACAAAGUAGAGAGACUUUAACCGGAAUCCCUCAAUAUGUAGUGCAAAUUGUGAACACAUGUGUUUCAUCUGAGUGUGCUCCAUAUAAUAUUCACCUUCACUGUGGUUGGUUUGCUUCUGCAAGAAUAAUCAAUCCUAAAUUGUUCAAGAGACUCUCUUUUGAUGAUUGUUUAGUGAAUGGAGGGAAACCUUUAACCUCUAGUCAAAUUAUUAGAUUCACUUAUUUUAAUUCCUUUGUUUAUCCUCUUUCAUUUAAGUCUGCCAAAUUUUGCUGAGUCCAAACAAAAUCCCUUUUGAGUUCAUAGAGAAAUCUGCAAGAAAAUUCAAGCAAAAAAAGGUGUUUGCCGUUCUUAGUUGGAAAAUGCGGUCGCAUGUUAGCAAUAGCAUCCAGAGUUCACAGCCCAUGUAGCACCAACACUUCAGAUUAAGAUGUGUUCGGUAUCAGACAUGUCAGUAUUGUAUCUGGUGUCUGUGUGAAUGCUUCAUAGCUCACAAAUUGAGGACAAAGUUUCAAGAAUCGAGAAAAUUUGUAAACCAUCAAUAAUAUUCAAAGUUUUAUCAAAAGAGAAUGGAAAAGAGGUAAAAAAAGAAAAUUGCCUUUUUAAGGGUGACAUGGAUUGCUUUGAAUAGGACAUUUGUUUUACAUCUCUCACUUUUAUCUCUUUGUUCCUGUUACAUUAGUACAUUACCAUCAUCAUAUCUAUAACUUUUCUGUCUUUUUCUUUAUGGAUUCAUAUCCUUUUUGAAGGUGAAAAUACAGUACUGAAAAAAAAAAGGUUUAACAUGUUCAGGUUGAUCAGGGUUUCUAGAGUAUGGCCUUUUUGAAGUAAUUUAUUGAGCUGCGGAAAAAAAACAAAUGUUCUUAUUUGUGCUACUGUUAUGACUUGUAUGAGCAAAGAAAAUUCAUAUCCAUGAAAGUGAUAAACAAAAAGAGAUUAUAAGCGUAGAACUUUCAUCAAGCUCGACGCCUAUAAUCUCUUCCUCAGUGUCCAAUGUGACAUUAUUAUGUGACGCGUAAGCAUCAUUUGCUACUUUACCUCCUGCUGCAUGUUUCCCUCCAUCCUGCAACUGAAUUGCAAACUCAAGUUUCCACCAACACCUACAUAUCACCCUUGAUUCAUCAAAGUUUUUGGUAGCAUUUAUAAUCUCUAAUAAUGAAAAAUGCUUGCAUUAUUCGCCUUGUGUUAGACUUGAAAGAUUCACAAACACCUUUGGAGAUAAUAUACUAUUUGAGGUGUGUCAGACACUAAAUUUAGAUAUAUCUCUCGGCCAGAAUUCGAACAUUGGUUCACCACAUUGUGGGAGGCUAGCCCUUCCGCUAUGCUUAAUCCUUGUUGGUAUAGUAAUUAAUGUCAAAAAUUGGUAUAGUAAUUAAUGUCAAAAAUUGGUAUAGUAAUUAAUCCUUGUUGCUAUGCUUAAUACUUGUAAAAAAUGUCAAAAAUUGAAGGAGUACAAAAUAGCCCUUAGCCAUUCUUGUCACUUUGUAAUAGGAAUCUUGACUAAUCAUCACAUAAGCAUCUUAACUACUGAAUAAUUAAUUAGUAUAGUAAUUAAUUAAUUAGUGGCAACUAUAAUCAAAUAGACAUAGCUAGAGAGAGAGAAGGCCACAAACAUGGCCAAUCCAUUGAAUCUCACUUCCAACACAUUCUUCUUCAUCUUCACAUUAACCAUUCUCUAUGUAGCCUACACCUUCCCAAAACUCCAACCAAACCAAACCAACCUUGUCUUCUACGUCCACGACCACUUCACCGGCGAAGACUCCACCGCAGCCACAGUCGCAGGUAAAACUGGACCAACCUCCAGCAUCCUUCACUUCGGCACAGUUGCAAUCGUUGACGACCCAGUAACAAAUGGACCAACAAUAGAUUCAACACUCAUUGGUAGAGCUCAAGGAGUGUACAUAAAUUCACAGCUUGAUGGAAAAGCAUUAUACAUGGUUUUCUCGGUUAUAUUCACCGCCGGUGAGUACACAGGAAGUACCUUGGAGAUUCAAGGAUCUGAUAUAUUCACAUUAAAGAAACGAGAAUUUGGAAUAGUUUCUGGCACUGGUUAUUUUCGGUUUGUUAAAGGAUAUGGUAUUAUGGAAACAGAGUUUAUGGAUUUAGUUAAUCUUAGAGCAACUCUUAAACUCAAUGUAACAGUGAAACAUUAUUAGAAAUUUCAACCAAUAAUUGUUAUCGAGACUUGUUAAUUAGUUGUGGUUAAAUGGUUCUGAUAUUCAACGUUUAAACAAGAAAUGCUAUUUGUUUUUUAAGUCCCACAUCGGUGAGUGGAAACAAGAGAUUCCAAAGAGUUGAGUAUAAAUAAAGGGCUCGAAUAGUUUACAAUUCAUACCUUUCUCGGCCUUUUGGCUAAGAUCAAGUGUAGUAUCUGUUCUUAUCAGUUUAAUAUCUGAUAUGUGACUCAAUGAGUCACACGAUAUUAAAUUACUUUUUUUAGGGGGAGAAGUCACUACAAUAGCUUGCUAUUGGGUUUCUCAAGUGUCGCCUUUGUCUUGCACUAUUGCAUUGGCUGGCGCACCCCACCAA